GGUAUUAGCAGGUUUACUUAUGUCAAAGUAGACUCCACACACAGCAGACACAUUAGAGUACUCACCUGAUUACUCUUUACAGAAACCUGCUUGUGAGCUAUUCAGACACAUCAAAUAUUAAAAGCCUGGAGUUUCCGUUUCACAUACAGAGAGGGAGGGGAGACGGCAGAGAAGUGGACAGACAGGAGGACAAACAGGAGCAGUGGAAGAGAGGGAAAAGUAAAAGAACGGUGGAAUUAAGAGGAAAUAACACAUCAGGCACCCUGGGAGGGGGACACAUGAGCAGGGAUGGAGGAAGAAAGGGAGGAACAGGCAGAGAGCACCCAGAAUGGGACAACUUCUACCCAGGUUGACACACCGACUCAGAGCUGGAGUGAGGAGAACAGAGAGCCCCAAAACUUCCAGGAACCGGAGGACAACGACCAGGCCGAGAGUGCAGCCUGUGAUGGAGAGUUAGUGCCCAGUCAGGACGGGGGGGAGGAUCUAUGUAUCAGUGACGCGGAGACCUUACCACAGGAGACUCUCAUAGCCACAAACACACAGGACGAUGCUGACUGCCACCCAUUGUCCCCCCUGCCAACAGAGGAAGAGUUGACCCCCCCUUCAGUGUCAUCUCAUCCCUCCAACAGAACACAGAAUCGCCCAUUUGAACCCUGCUGGUAUUGCCUGAGAUCUCUUGACUCAGAGUAUCGUCCUGAAACUCCUGAACAGGAAGACUCGGCUCCUUUGUCACCGUCGCCCUCUAGUGGCAAGAAAGUGAGCUAUCAGACAGACCCUCGACCUCACUUUGGCGUAGCUUGUUCCUCCCACUCCACAUGCCACCCCCUGUGGGGCAGUGAGGGUCCCGCCUGGGGACAAAGGAACCAGGAAGUGCCUGAUCAGACACACACCUGCCCCCAUUGCCAUCUGGGCCUGCCCCCUGACACACUGCGCUGGCAUGAGGCAAAGUGUCUCCUGUUUGAAGAGCAGAGGGACUCAAAGAAAUAAAUGGAGUCAUCAUCAGAGAAAAUGUUGCUUUUACUUAAAACAAAGCUGUUUACUCUCUGUAUAAAUGCUCUCAGGAAAUACUAAAAAAUCAUUGUUAUGUGCAAUACCUGCCUCAUCUUGUAAACAACUCUCUGUUUACACCUAAGUUUAGCCAAGUUGUUUCCUCAUUUCAUUUUGAGUUCAUCUUUAAUUUCUGUGAUAUUUUUAAUAUUGUGUUGCAAAUACACUGUGUGGACAAAAUCAGUCUGAUUGAUGUAUGCCUCUCUUUGCAAAAAACAGAGAACAGAGAGAGAGAGGAACAUAAUAAAACA